AUGUACCCCUCGCCAGCCCUCCUCCUCGCUCUUCCGUGCACCCUGGCCUUCUUCCAGUCGCCGAACGCAGGCCUGUCGGCACUUCAAAGGACCGGAAAUGCCUGUACUGCCUCCACGCGAGGUGCAACAACGUGGCCGGCUGAGAGGAGCGACGGUUCGGCGGCGGCGGCCGUGGGUCGGCGGCGGCGGGCGCGGCGACCGCACGCCGUCCCGGUCCUCUUCGGCAAGGGCCGCAAGAAGCGGGGGGCGGCAGUCUCGCAGGACGCCUCCAGCUGGUAUGAUGAGGACGAAGAGGACGCUGUCGUGGGGGGUGCUGCUGCGGGAGACUCAGACGGGGCCGAUGCCGCAGCGGCAGCGGCGUUUUCGACAACACCGGCAGCUGCAGCAACGGCGGAGGCGGGGGCAAGCUCUGGCGAUAUCCAAGAGGGUCGUCGCGACGUCGGAACCCGGGGUGAUAAGGGUUCGUCUUCCGCCACCAUGACGGACGACAUUCUGCUCCCUUCCCUCGAUGACGACGGCAACCAGAUCGUCCUCGAACCGGUCUGGGUGGAAGGGGAGACGCAGGGGGAGAAGCCUAUCGUGGAGGCGUACGGGCUCAACGACGCCCUCGCCGGGGCGGAAGACGGCAUCGACAUCGACAACGGGAUGAUGGCCGGCGGCGUUUCCGGCGACGAGGCCCUCCUCAUCCCGACCGCCGACGGCGGCGUGUUGCCGGGGGGGCUGGGGGACGGGGUGGGGCCGGAGAGCUGGCGGAACGGCAUGGAGGUCCCCGACGACGAUGUGGUGCUCGGGGAGAGGUUUAACAUGGGGAGGGGCCUGGACGACAUGCUGAUGGAGAGAUCCGUCCGGUUCUACGACCCAAAGGUGACGGGAGAGCGAGAGAGGUGCUACCUCGUGGGGCUGGAGGCUAGCGGUUGGGGCAUGGGCAACAAAAGGGACACGAAGGGGUCUUUCCCCGAGAAAGGGGCAGCAGCCGGAAACGGCGACGGAGAGGGGGGCGAGGACGACGGGUGGACCGAAGAGCAAGAAGCGGCGUUCCAGGAGGAGAAGCAGCUGGCGUACGAGGCUCGAAAGGAGGAGCGGGAAAUGCGCUUUACUCUGGAGGAGUCCAUGGCUGAGCUGAGCGAGUUGGCGGGCACAGCGGGGCUGGAAGUAGCCGGAUCGACGUACCAGAGGGUGCUAGAGCCCAACCCUCGAACCUAUAUCGGAACCGGAAAGGUGAAAGAGAUCAAGUCGGCCAUGAACCAACUGGGCGUGUGUACGGUGAUCUUCGACGACGAGCUAAGCCCGGGGCAGCAGCGCAGCCUGGAAGUGGAGUUCGGUGGGGAGGCGGCGGGCAUCAAGGUGCUGGACCGCACAGCCCUCAUUCUGGACAUUUUUGCUCAGCACGCCAAGACCCGGGAGGGGCAGCUUCAGGUGGACCUGGCUCUGCACAUGUACCGCUUGCCGCGGCUGACUAAGAUGUGGACCCACCUGGAGAGGCAGCAGGGAGGCGUCGGCCUUCGGGGGCCCGGGGAGCGCCAGCUUGAAGUCGACAGGCGGCUCCUGAAGGACAAGAUCAUCGCCCUGAAGAAGGAGCUGAGCGGGGUCCGCAGGCACCGAGACUUCCAGCGGCGCGGGCGCAAGAAGCUCGGCCUUCCGGUCGUCGCCCUCGUCGGCUACACCAACGCCGGGAAGUCGACCCUGCUCAACACUCUCACGCGCGCGGGCGUCAUGGCGGAGAACAUGCUGUUCGCGACGCUCGACCCGACCACGCGGAAGGUCAAGCUCAGCGGCCUCAAGGUGCACCCAGAGGUGAUGCUGACGGACACGGUGGGCUUCAUCCAGAAGCUGCCCACCAACCUCGUGGCGGCCUUCCGAGCGACACUGGAAGAGGUCGUGGAGGCAGACGUGAUCGUGCACAUCGUGGACGUGAGCUCCCCGUCUCGAGAGAAACAGGAGAGCGCCGUCACGGGCGUCCUCGGCGAGAUGAAGACCUCCGACAAGCCCCGCCUGACCAUGUGGAACAAGCUCGAUCUGCUCCCAGAAGAAGAACAGGAGCAGGUCAGGGUGGACGCGGAAGAGAGGGACGAGCUCACCGUCGCCGCGAGCGCCAUGACGGGCGAGGGCCUGGACGACUUCGUCACGUGUCUGGAGGAGGCGAUAUGCGCACUGCUCUUCAAGGUGGAAGCGGUCGUGCCCUACAGCAGGGGGGACCUGCUCAGCCGCGUGCACGAGCUGGGCGCGUGCGACACCGAAGAAUACACCGACGCCGGUACCCUCAUCCAGGCGAGAGUUCCGGCAGAGCUUCUCAACCGUCUAGAGCCGUUCUUCACCCCGGAGUUUAAGGAGACGUCGCGAGUGGAAGCGUCGAACUCCGGAGCGGAGGAAGCCGCCGCCCUCAGAGAAGAAAACACGUGGAAGCAAAUCGCCAAGAAGCGGCUGAAAACUAGCUCUCUUGACGAAGAAGCACCGGUGGCGGUACCAAAGUAAAAGUCAGAAGAUAGAUUGGUGGGUCGUUGUCGGCGUACACGGGUCGGGAUGAGAGCUACAUCGCGCCCUUGAUGAAAGCAAAUUGUGUUUGUGGGGGUGGUGGCGGUAGCAUCGUACCAAGCAAGACGUAUUUCACCGAAACCGUCGACCUAGGUUGUCUGUUGUUGCUGCGUGUGUUGUGUGGCUUUGCUCCUGUCAUCGUGGUUCUUGGUGGGUGCAGGCCGACAGAGAAGUACACAUCUACAAAGAACGUCACAUUGUGUAGCAGCGCGUCUUUGUUUUUGGGGGGUAGGAUUAGGUUCUUGCCUCGCGCGCUUUUUUGUUGCAGGAGCGACUCGGUUGAUGAUGAUGCUCUUCCGGUGUCUGAUGCCAAAAAUACUGCAGCUAUUUUUGCUGUGUGUGACACAACAUUCCUCGGAAGCAGUCACCUGAAAUGCUGUCGAGGCUUGCGUUGUUCUGCGCGAGUCUAUCCUUUCCGACAACAAGGUAACGAUCGGCAUCUUCGGUGUGCCCGGUGCCCCAAUGCCCCUGUUGUGAGAUGUUUGGAGUUUCUUCAAAGAGACAAUUGUCCGUGGGCU